CGACUAACUUCACUUGUAUUGAUUUGAAGUUGCGGAUUUACGUGUUUGACGUUUAAUAAAAAAGGUUAUUUUUAAGUGUAAAACGAUAAUAAAGUGAAAAAUUAAAGAUUAUUUAACAAUUUCGACAUUCCCUUAACAUGGCAUCAAAAGUAACAUUUAAAAUUACUUUAACAUCAGAUCCAAAGCUGCCUUUUAAAGUUCUUAGCGUUCCUGAAGCCACUCCUUUUACAGCAGUCCUAAAGUUUGCAGCAGAGGAGUUCAAAGUACCUCCAGCAACUUCAGCCAUCAUCACUGAUGAUGGUAUUGGCAUAAACCCUCAACAAACAGCUGGUAAUGUUUUCUUGAAACACGGCUCAGAAUUAAGAUUGAUUCCUAGAGACAGAGUUGGAGGAAUUUAAUUUAUUUUAUUUAAGUGUAAAUAAGAUUUUUUUUAAUUAAUACAUUUUGGUUUCUAUGUUAUUUAUAUUUAAAUAAAACGCAUUUUUA